UAAAGCUAGUGAAAUGAAUGCACCAUAUACAAAUUCAUUUGCACUACACUAGCAAUAUUAAUUAAAUUACAACAUAAUUAUAUGGCAUUAUAAUGAUAAUAAUAUGUGCACUUGCAGCUCGUCAUCGUGAAACUAUUUUGUUGAAAAUAUAUUUGUUCAUAGAGUUAUUGAUUGAUGAAUAUAGUGUAAUAUUAUAUUAAAAUAUAAAUUUAAAAAGACCACCUGAAAGUUUAAAACUGGUACAUUUUACGAAUCAAAAUACUUUAAAUCUUCGUUCAAUUAUUAUAAUAGAUACUAUUCGGUAAAUAAUUUUGAUAAUGUCUCGAAAAAUAAACGGUGCCACGGAAUCCUAUAAUGUCAGCUGAUUAGAAUCGAUGAACGGUUAUAUGUUGGCCAAUAAUAAUAUAAACGACGCUGUACCCGUUGUCCGGGAAAUUUUCCACGGUGGCAGACGAUCGAGUCAAUUCGCAAUCAUAAAGCACUCGAAAAGUUUACUCAUAAAGUCUGCACGGAAAAAAUAAAAACGAAAUAAAAAUGGAAUCUAGUACAGAAACAGCAAGCAAAGAAAAUACCGCAAUCGUGGAAGACCCCGCGGUCGAAAAGGAGACCGAAAUCGAUGGCGCAGUCAGAGAAAUAGUGGAAGAUUUAGUUCUGUCAGCGUGCCGAUCAUCGCCCGACGACGGAGACGUACCAGGAGAAAUUACAGCGCCAAUGCUCAUCGUCGAUGAUAACGACCGCGACACCGAAAAGACGUCUGGAGCCGUCGACGAAAACGGACUGAAAGACGACUGCACAACUGCUGUGACAGACUCACAAAAGGCCAAUGGAGCCGAAAUUUCAUUAGAUACAUUUCGCCAGCAGGUCGGCUGGCUAGAACCAAAAGUUAUGACCCCGCGAGAAUUUACUCGCUGGCAGCGACGUAGGCGUCUUGCCGCGGUAUGGUGAACCGUGAAGAGGUUUUUGUUAUGCGGAUGUUGCGUACCGCGAGAAGAUGAAUAAGAUCCGCCGGUCCUCCGACAACGCACUCCCCCCCCCUUGUUGGCUGAAGACUACGGGCAGGACGACGGCCGAGUCUUAGCCGCGCCGGUCGCCGCCGCAGCCGGUUCCGUACAUGUAGCACCACAUGUAGCACCAAACUUUUAUUAUACUAUAAUAUUAUAAAGCUCGUUCCGUGUUCCGUUUUCCGACUUCCGUCGUCGCCAAAAUCUCGUCAAUCCAUACACCGUCGAAGCGCACGACAUCGCGCGCUAGCUGCCAUCGCCGUCGACCCGAAGAAAUCGAGUCUCGCUUUCCGCCGUGACGGUCGACACGUCGUGCGGCCGGGAAAACGUGUAAAGGUGACCAAUAGAAAUCGCAGUACAUCUUGCACCACCACGCCAUCUCCUGUGUAUCCUCUCUCCUCAGUUUUGUGUCGUUCUGCCCCGGCGUUUUUGUUUUUGUAUUUUUUAUAUCAAUAAUUAUUCUAAAAACCACUUUGGCGAAUUUUUUUUUUCAUUGAUAUACCAGCUAUGUUUUGUUUUACGCCGCUUUGUCGACUUUUUUUACUUACACGAAUUUAAUAUUGUUUUUUCUUUCUUCCAAAUUUUAUGCCAUAUAGUGCACCCAUGUUUUUGUCAUUAAAAAAUAAAAUAUAAAACG